AUGAUCGAGUCACCGAUGAAAUUCAAUGGAUGCGCCCAUUGUGGAGGUCAGAUGACAGAUGCGUUUGAAUUCCCUUUUGUGAAGGUUUCCAAGCACAUUCAGGGUGUCGAUUACAACGUGGAUUAUGCAAUGGUGAUUGACUCCGAAGAAUCCUCCCCGUAUUGUGAAGAAGAUGUUUUGAAGCAGACUGAAAACCAAGCACGCAGUAGGCGAGUUCUCACAUCCUCAUGUUUUUUGGUACCACCUCCCCUAGGUUUUGCAUCCUCUUCAAACAAGAAAGGGCUAAUACAGGUCUUACGUAAUCGAGGUUGUGGUCUUGUGGGAAGGCAGACAGGCGAAUCAGAUUCCGAACCAAAGCAGACCAGAACUUCACAUUCUGAAGAUUCUAGUGGUUCCUGUUGGGAGUUAUCAUGGCUUUUUGACGUUAACUUUUCAACCUCACUAGCGUCGCAAACUCGACACUCAGGGUCCGAUAUCGAAAAACUCGCACCCACUGUUCCAUGA